AUGCAGGAUUCCUUUCAGACCGCGAUACACACCCACGGACCUUCGACUGUCAAACUUUCAAAUAUAAGAUGGCAGCGUCAUCUCGAGAAACCCAAUUGUCCCCAGAAAACAGCAUAAUCCACGAGAAGCGCAAUCCCGAAUCCUUGCGCGCACGCGUCGAGGAAAUAUCGCAAGCCGAUGUCCAAGAUGCAGUCGCUGGUAUGGCAGAUCUCGUCCCAGGCCUGAGCACCUACCUGUCAUUCACCGGGGCGCGAGUUGUAACGCAUCCUGUCUAUACUGGCAACGCAAACCUGAAUCAAGUCGCGAAAGUAUGGAUGAAACUGUGCCGGAGCUGUAUGACGAAAGACGCACCACUUGCCUGUCGCUUACAACAAAGUGACCUGUUUCCACACUUUGAAAAGCUGUACAAGCGAAGUAACCAGGAGGCCAAAGAUUCGAGUCUCGCGUGGCUCUUCAGGGACGUACGCGAGUUCAAGCUCGGCUGCGCGCACUGCAGAGGCGACCCCAACUACUGCAUUCCAAUGAAUGAAAGAUGUGAAAUGGCGUUAUACGUUCGAAGAAACCUAUACAACGAGUAUUGGCCUGGCCAGGAGGCCCGUGGAGGUUUAGGUUGUUACGAUGGAGAAAGGUUCGAUUUGGCCACGCGUGAACAGAUAGAGGACGCGAUUGCGCGAGGAGUGGAGCGCGCAACUUGAUCUUUAUUUGGCUUCGAGUAUGACCUCAAGCCAACUUCCGGAGCUUUUUUUUUUCACAAUAGGCUGAUCCGGCGUUAUGGAAUGUGUACCAUACUGUCUAUAAUGAUAUCAAUGAUCCUUUGAGAUCGUCAAAGCAUUACUUGACGAGUUGCGAAAAGGACCUCGGGAAAAUGUUGUGUGGAUAGACCUAUAUAUGCGCCGAGAUCCUGG